AUGGUAUUUUCUAACGAGCCCAUUUCUUUCCAGCAGGCAUAUGGCUAUGGUCCAUACAGUGGCGCGUACCCGCCGGGAACUCAAGUCGUGUAUGCUGCCAACGGGCAGGCCUACGCUAUGCCCUACCAGUACCCAUAUGCAGGACUCUAUGGACAGCAGCCUGCCAACCAAGUCAUCAUUCGUGAGCGGUAUCGAGACAACGACAGUGACCUGGCCCUGGGCAUGCUGGCGGGAGCGGCCACGGGCAUGGCCUUAGGGUCUCUGUUCUGGGUCUUCUAGAGGCCUCGGGAUCGAGCUGUGCACAGCUUCUGGCAACCCUGUGUGCAAUACUAUGGUUUGCAGGGCAUUUCUGUUGUGACAAAUGUUUUUAACAGUAGUUUUAAUCGUUCCUUUGA